AUGGGACUUCUUGGCCGGUGGGGUCGCAGCGGCUAUUUCCAAAACUGCAGUCGCGCCGAUAGAGUCAAACUGCUGCUGCAGGUACAACAUGCCAGCAAGCAGAUCAGUGCAGACAAACAGUACAAAGGUAUUAUUGACUGUGUUGUGAGGAUUCCUAAGGAACAAGGCUUUGCUUCCUUUUGGCGCGGCAACCUAGCCAACGUCAUUCGCUAUUUCCCCACACAAGCCCUCAACUUUGCCUUCAAGGACAAGUACAAACAGAUAUUCUUGGGUGGCGUUGAUAAGCACACACAGUUCUGGCGAUACUUCGCUGGCAACUUGGCCUCCGGUGGAGCUGCAGGAGCCACUUCCCUCUGCUUCGUCUACCCCCUAGAUUUCGCUCGUACCCGCUUGGCUGCAGAUGUCGGCAAAGCUGGCAGCAGCAGAGAGUUCAAUGGGCUGGCCGACUGCCUGGCCAAAAUCUUUAGGUCAGACGGCUUGCGGGGUCUGUAUCAGGGCUUCAACGUCUCUGUCCAGGGCAUCAUUAUUUACAGGGCCGCCUACUUCGGAGUCUAUGACACUGCUAAAGGCAUGCUUCCCGACCCUAAGAACACCCACAUUAUGGUCAGCUGGAUGAUUGCACAAACUGUGACAGCAGUGGCUGGCGUGGUGUCCUAUCCAUUUGACACUGUGCGGCGUCGCAUGAUGAUGCAGUCCGGGCGCAAAGGAGCGGAUAUUAUGUACACUGGAACCCUUGACUGCUGGAGAAAGAUCGCUCGUGAUGAGGGUGGAAAAGCUUUCUUCAAAGGGGCUCUGUCUAAUGUACUCAGAGGAAUGGGGGGCGCAUUUGUGCUCGUGCUUUAUGAUGAAUUCAAGAAGUUUGUUUAAAAAUAUGUGCUAAAAGAUAGUAGAAUAGCUUUUACCACACAGCUUUGUCAAGCUUUAACCAAACCCUCUCCACUCCACACAGAUGUGGUCUUGGUUAAAUUGUGUUAGAUGCCAAAAGCAAUUAAUAAUUUUCAUUAAUUUUGUUUGUUGCUAUGUUUUUAUGUUUUGAAAAUGCUCUGUCUUUUAAUGAUAAAUAACCUAUAUUUUAUUCAAAAGAAAGCAGUCAGAGAAAUAUUACAGAUAAAAUUCUAAAAUUGGUAAUAUAAGGGAAAGGUGUUGUAUAUUUAUGCUCAAAAUUAUUAAAAAAAAAAAAAAAUAUAUAUGAGUUUAUUGAUUUUAUCUAUAAUAUUGCUUCAUAAAUCUGAGCCAUAGCCAUCAAUACCAUGCAAUACCACAACACCUCCUCAAGAUGGCACAACGGCAUUUUGUCUUGCAUUCAUUCAGUACCAUGUUCUUGUAGUCGCUCAGCACAGUUUUUCUAGCCAAGGUCUGUGGUAACAAGGGUAUACAAUAUCACUCUCAAGAAAAAAA